UUGGGAGACUGGGUACUAGUCGAAAAACCCGUUUAUUUUCAAAAUAGACGAGAUAUUUGAAAGUUGCCAAGCACAGUUUUUUAGGGGCUUAUAUUUUGUAUCUUCUUAGGGUAGUAAAGUAAGAUAACUCUUGCUAAAAAGUGUGCCCAUAUUUUCUUAAAGAUAUUUUGAAACUUUGAGGAGCGGUAAGGUCACGUGACCUAAUUUGCAUAAUUUUGGUCUAUUUUAAAGCAUCAAUUUUGGUGUUGUGUAAUAUUUUUUGGUAUUUUCUGCUUCAUGAUAAACCAUUCAUAUUAUAGACCACCCCCUUCAUUUUUACAGGAAAAUGCAUGGUUGUUGCCCCAUGCCUUAAUUUACCUGAGUAAUUGCGGUCGAGUUUGUUUAUUUUCUCAAAAAAAGGCGAUGAUUUUAGUCUUGCAAAAUGUAUAGUUCGAAUUUCGACAAGUUUUACCUCAUUAUUGCUUCCUGAGAGCACAUCAACCGUCGCUACUGCAUCCAUAAAGAAACAAUGAUCACUUCCACACACAACUUCCAGGCCCGUAACCAGUAUAUUAUGAGGGGGGGUGCUAACGAGGCCAAAGUGGACCAAACUACCGAAAUGUAUUUUUUAUUGUCUGAUCCGUUUAUUUAGGGAAGUAGCAAUACAUGAGAAAUUGUAACGGCAAAGUACAUGGUAGGAACUGAAUAGUACAUUUGUCGAAUACAACUGUUUGAAUUAAGUUAUAGAGGAGUAAUUUUACGAUGUAAAAUGAUACGUCAAAAUACUGCGGAACUAAUCCCUCAGAAUAGUCCCGAGCUCCAGACUCCGUGGGUGUUUGGUGGCAAACAGAUUUACCACCUCAUCCAAAACAAUCUUAGCUUGAUAAUGUAUGUGCAUUAGUGCGAAGGACGACAGCCUUUCAUGGCCCAUGCAUGCCCUGUUAUAUGUAUGCAGCCGCCUUAAAGAACUCGCACUUCUUUCACAUUCACAGCUCAUUGCAGGGAUUGUGGUGCAUAUCUUGAGGAGCGCAUAUAUAGUUGGAAAGAGAUCAUCAUCGCACUCCUUAAGCGUGCGCAUGUCUAUUUCAUUAUUCAUUUAGAUAAGCUCGGACAUCUGUGCACUCAUUGAAAUGUUCUGAAUGACUCGGGCUACUAGAGUGCAGCUGGUUUUAUUUUCCCAGUGAAUACACUACUGCUUUUUCCAUUCUUUGAUUUUGUUUAAAUAUCACUGUUAAGUUUGAAACUUCAGUUUAACCGACUGCACUCCUUAACUUGGAUAUUGAGUAUCAAAAUGCGGACCUUUGGGGCCUGUGGGGAGGGUGCGAACGCACCCCGUGCACCCCCCCCCCCCCCUGGUUACGGGCCUGACUUCCCCGUCUUUGAGGUGCAAAGUUCCUCACUUUCUGUUGUCUAGGUCGUCUAACAAACUCGACCGCGAUUUCUUACAUUGACAGGUUUUUUACUUGUUUGCUCCCUGAGAAACCACGUGACAUUACCUUUAUCCUAUCAGUCCUUUAAGGUAUCAUCCAGGGUAAAAAAUAAUCAUUUUUCUAAAUUGACAAUUUAUAGACGAUUAAAUAGAGCUCAUCAAGAGCUUUCUUUUAAAAAAAAUUCCAGGAAAAAAUAUUUUUUCUGUGCAGGCUUAUGGAGUGCAAAAGUUUUUCCUAUGCUAAUUAUUUUAAUUGAUCGUUGACAAGUCCUGUCAUACUUGAUACGCGUUCCGCUGUUGAACCAAGCUACCCUAAUCACGCAAUUUGACAGAAAUCGUGGUUUACAAGUAUAGCGCUCACUGUUUUUCCCUGGAGUUUGAAAGUGAACGCCUACAAAGAAGAAAAAAGAGCUUGUCCGUUUUCGUCCUCGACUCCAAGACGAAAGAAGACGACAAAAUCGUUUUGCCUCCAAAGAGUGGGCUUCGAAAUUAGCAGAGAGCGACAAGGGCACCCACUACAAUAAAGAAAAAUGGCCAAAAGAUGACAAAACUCCUGAAGAAACGGUCCGUGCACACUUCGGCCAAACUAUUUUUUCAUUUUUCCAACAAAAACGGAAAAUGGAAAUAUUAUUUAUCCUUGUCAUAUUUACAUAUUUUAAAGUACAGCCAAAAAGAGAAAAAAAGAAAAUGGUCAGGAAAAUUGAUCAUUUUUUCAUUUUUCUAAUUUUGAAGUCCGCUUCAAAAAGACAAAAAAUACUGUAAACGGCUAAAAGCGAUAUUUUGCUAUUUUUUAUUUUCUUGCUGUUGUUAGAAAAUGAGAAAAAUGAAAUAAUGUCCAAUUCCUAACUCAUUUUUCUAUUUUUCCAUUUUUCGCCAAAAAUAGAAAAACGGAAAAAUGAAAAAAAUCAUAUUUAUUCGCACCAUUUUUUCAUUUUUUCCAUUUUGUUCAAAAAAUGAAAAAAUAGGAAAAAAGCAUACUUAUCGCCCAAUUUUCCAUAAUUCCAUUUUAAUAAGAAAAAUGAAAAAAAUGACAAGUGUUGCGAGCAAUUUUCUAUUUUCCCAUUUUUUAAUCAAUAGUAAACGUUUAAAACGAUACACCCUUUUAGACAGUUUUUCAUUUUUUAUUUUAUUGAAAAAUGGCUCAGAAAAGUGAGAAGUUAUGGAUAUUUUAACGGUGAAGAGAAGAAAAACCUAAUUCGUAUCCACUACCGACGCACUGAUUUGGUUAGAAGAUUUACCCAGGGUCGGCGGAGAUGGGGGGGAAUUGGGGGUGGGGGGGGGGGGCUUAGUUUUCGAGAAGCGGACGUAGUUCCAUUCACUUUUGAUCUCGAUUUCCCUGAAGGUUUGAGUUGUCGGGAGUCGACUGUGGAUGAAAGCGGCAGGAAAACCGUAACGUACCGGCCGUGGAAAUGAAGAACAUUAGAAAGGGUACGAGGGAGGAGGAGAAGGCGUGAAAAUUGGUACGGGAAAAGGGGCUGGUAACUCAACCGUUUUCAUGCCAGCAACAGUAUGGUCCCUGAGCACAAAAAAAGCGGUUCGUGAGAGAGAUUAAGGGAAAGGAGUUAAGAAGAAGGUCACAUGCGCAAAAUAAAUAAAGAGCACGCCAGUGAAGAGGGUCAGACGCUUUUAAAUGAAAUAGAUGCUCAAAUUAAAAGUAGACUGCUUAGCCUUCCGAAAUAACGGAUCUUGCCGCAGAACGAGUGUUUUAGGAUUGUAAGAGUAAAGUAUAUUGAAUUAAUAUUAUGGAGGAGAAACAUAACGAGGUGGCUAGUAUACACUCGCGGGAGAGAACAUCUUAAUGAUCUGGCCCCAUACAUUUGCUCAUACAUUAUUGAUUAAACGUUGGAUAGCGACUACCCACCGGAUAAAUCACUAUCCAGCGGCCUGAUAAUUUUUUAUGUAUUUUAUGGAAACCAAUUGCGUUAUCUACUGGAUGGUUAUUUAUCCAUCGGAUAGCGUUAUCCACCUUUUAAGCAACUCAGCCCUGGAAAGACGAGAGCAAAGAUCGCUAAUGUCGGGAAACCCAUGCGACAAGUAUGGGGAAACGUUCUACAGUUUGAAUGGAACAGGAACACUUUAUGGUGACGCAGUGUUAGAACGGGUCACAGCGAGAGUCCUAAGUAAUGAGGUAAAGGAAUCAGCUAAUCAAAUCCAAACGUGAAUGAAACUACUUUCGCAUUCCGAGAACUAAAGCACCCCCACCCACCCUUCCCAUCCCACGUCUCCGCCGACCCUGUGUAAAUCGUUUUAUCAAAACUAGUGAGUCUAAAGUGGAUUAGGUUUUUCUUUUCUUUGUUGGUAAAUGUUCAUGAUUUGUCAUUUUUCUUUGCUAUUUUUCAUUAAAACAAAAGACGAAAAAUUAUCCGUUUUUGUUUGUUUGUUUGUUUUGUAUUUAUUGAAAAAAUGGAAAAAUUAUUCGCAACACUUGUCAUUUUUUUCAUUUUUCUUGUUAAAAUGGAAUUAUGGAAAAUUAGGCGAUAGGUAUGCCAUUUUUCUAUUUUUUCAUUUUUUGAACAAAAUGGAAAAAAUGAAAAAAUAGUUCGAAUAAAUAUCAUUUUUUCAUUUUUCUGCUUUCUAUUUUUUGGGAAAAACGGAAAAAUAGAAAAAUGAUGUAGGACUCAGAGAUUAUUUUAUUUUUCUCACUUUUCUAACAAUAUCAAGAAAAUGAAAAUAGCAAAAUAUAUCGCUUUUAGCCGUUAACAGUAUUUUUUGUAUUUUUAAAUUUAACUUCAAUAUUAGAAAAUGAAAAAAUGAUCGAUUUUCCUGACCAUUUUCUUUUUUCCUCUUUUUUUUCUGUACUUUGAAAUAUGCAAAUAUGAUAAGGAUAAGUAAGUGUGGCCGAAGUGUGCACGGACCCAAUCUGCCUAGCCUACUAAAUAGGCGUUUACAAUUAAGAUCUUGCUACCUUAAUGUAUAAAGUUAAACAUGGUUUGGUAUCUAGUAAUGUCGUUAACAUUUUUAGUGUUAAGUCAUCCAAAUAUCAGUUAAGAAAUAUGGAUUUUCAUUUACUCAGGCCAGAUUUAAUAGUGUACGUUACGAGCGACAUUUUUUAGGGUACUUUGGACCAUAUAUAUGGUAUGGUCUAGAUUGGACAGCAAAAUCAAGGACAAACCUACCUUACAAUCCUUUAAGUCUAGCAUACGGCGUAUUAACCUUGUGGAUCUUAUAAGUGGCAAUUGUGGCUCUUGUCUCAUUUGUACUUCUUGAGAAUUUUUAGAAAUAUUUUUAGCAUUUUUCUGUAUGUUUUAGUGGGGGUAACUCCGAAAUCUUUUAACUUUUAACUUUUUAUAAAUUUUAGAUUUUAGAAAAUUCUAAAUUUACCCAAUGAUACCAUGUAUAAACUCAUUUUAUAUGUAUAUUUUUUCUAUUAUUUUAGUGUCCCCAAUUAGCUUUUAUAAGCUAAAGUCAUCUACACUUGAAUAAAGUUGUUAUGUUAUGUUAUAUGUUAUGUUACCUCCUCGUAGUAGUUCUUCAAAACUUUGGCCCUUUUCUCUGCCUGGUUUCAGAAUAUAAACACGUUUACUUCUAAAAAAAAAGUAGAUAAAAUCCAUCGAGCAAUAUGUUUUGCGUAUUUUUUUAUUUUUUCCAUUCAUUCCAGAAGUACAACCAUUUUAUUUUGUCUUCAAAUAGCCGUAAACGCCAGUUUUUUAGCUCAAUUUUACCCAAGCAGCCUCGUUUCCAACCAAAUUUACCACCGAAUCGAUGGUAUAUUGCUCGCAUCUUCCAAAUAUGGUAUGCGCCUGUUGCUAAUAAAGAAUUAGCCGGGAGAUUGGAGCCAAUCAGAAACGGCGAAAUAUUUGGAAUGAAUAAUAAUACUAAUUGUCGAGCGCUACGAAACAAGUUUGUUGUUUCUCCAUCAAACGUAUCCUUGUCUCUGUUCAGCCAUUGUUCACAAAAGCGCAGUCAAGACACGAAUUAGUAACACACUCGCCUGUGGCUUGUGUGCCACCUUUUUUGUUCUUACCACAUUUUUAUGUCAUCUGUGACCCAGAAAAGUACACUAUGAAUAAAAGAAUACUAGUACUUGCAGAUAAGUAGAUGAUAUUGGAUUCAGUUGGCUAGCUAUCAGCUAAGAUUUUCUCAGUAAGACACGAUAGUGGCCAGCGCUCAGAUUACCCCAAUUAUAAGUAGGGAUGCUGUUUUAAAGUCUUUGGAUGUGAUAAAAACGUAGAAAGGAAGAAUCGUGUAAUGAAUGUAUCUGACAAAAAACAAGUUGACGCAACCCUCUAUUUCUCUUCUCAGGGCGCAGUAACUCAUCGGAAAGGGAAAAUUUACACUUCAUGGAGAAAAGUCCAGAGGGAGAUGAUAUCACAUCUACUGAUGCAGGAACACUCCUGUUUGAUGCAGACACUUUAGGAGGUAAAGAGAAAAAGAAAAAUGCUUUUUUCAUUCCAUAGUAUGGUUUCAACAGUUGAAAACUUGCAUUCUGUUAAAGGGAAGACCUUACCCAUUCACAAGUACAUUUUUUUCAUGUGUAGUCCCUGAUACAAAACCCCGGCUUGGAAUAGGCCAAACAAGAACAAAUGAUGAUCACACUGGUUUUCCCAAAAACGCCUUGUAAAAUCACUGAAAAAAUUUUAAUUUGCUGCAUUAGCAAUUGCAGAGGUUUACAAGGAUGAGGGUAACAAGGAGUACAACAAGAAGAAUUACAGCAGCGCCAUUAGCUACUACACAGACGGAAUUAAAGUGAACUGCAAGGAUAAAGAACUGACUGCCAAACUGUACAGUAACAGGGCGGCAGCACAUUUUAAUUUGAGUAAGAAGUUGCCAUUGUAGUUAGUUAUCGUGAUGUUAUAUUUACCUUUAACUCACUAAAGAUCUUUUUAAGUAGUGGUUGCGUCAGUCGUUGCUACUCACGCUUUGUGGAAUGCUGCUUAAAAAAAGUUGACAGACUACACAACAACUGCUUCUCCUAAUAUCUACUUGCAGUAGCUGUUCAUUCACUAUUUUUCACAUAGACCAGAAUGCACAUUGUUUACCUCCAAAACCUUGAAUGUCCAUUGUUUCCAAUUUCUCGUGGGUAUUACAGUCGUCCCAAGAAAAAGCGAAGAGAAUAGUUAUGCAAGAUCUUCUUUUCUAUUUUUUUUUUUUUUUUUUGGGGGGGGGGGUAAACAAGGUGCAUUAUAGUGUAUAUGGAAAUGGUGAAUAGGCCAUUUUACAGUGGUGGAUGGAAGCGAGGCUGAGGAUGACCUUGUUUUGAUACAAACCUUCCUGCUUUAUUAUGUCAAUCAAGUUAUUCUUAUGCUAACUAGUAUUUUUCGAGAACAAUUCCCAUAACAAAGCAGAGAGGGUUUGUAUCAAAACAAGGUCACCCUCCGCCUCGCUUCCAUCCACAACUGUAAAAUGGCCUAUUAGUGGGAUCUCAGGCUAAAUGCGUGCAAUUCCACAAUAUUGGUUUCGGCUUUAUGAAAUUUUUUUACCAAUAGCAGAAGAUUUUGGGAGCAGCCACUGCAGACACAACGCGAGAACAAAUACUGACAGGUCACGAUACUAAGGAACGCAAUGUCUAUUAAGUACUACUAAGUCAAAUUAGUCCCUAGGGCUUUUCCCUGAAAAAAUGGGUGGGGCGUCCCACCUAUUUUUUAGGGGAAAAGCCCUGCGGACGAGGCUGCUUCUAAGUGACAUUAAGUUCAAAAGAUACAGUACAACAAUUAAGAAUUAUAUGAAAGUGUGAACUUAAACUGUUUUUUUGGGUGUGUAAUUCAUUUUUCCUCAGAGAAUUACACUGAAGCACUAAAUGAUGCCAAAACUGCCAUAGACUUACAACCAUCGUUUGUAAAGGCUUUUGUGCGAGGUAUGUCGACUAUGGGCCAAUCGAUCCUGACUGCGAUUACUGAUUUGCUUGUGUAUAACCAGCAAAACUCACCAACAUCUUUCCUAAAAUAAACGUUUAUGAUUCAAAAUAACGCAAGACAAACUGCGCUCAGCUUAGGGGCUGUCAACAGCCGUUUUCACUCUAGAGACGGAUAAACAGACAAUUUAAGUCAGACAGAUUAUUCGUCAAAAUUAAAGCCGUUCCGUUUUCACAUUAAGACAGAUUGUUUGUCUGAAGCGAAUUACUCAACGGAUAACCCUUCUGGGACGGAUGUGAAAAUGGCCAUUGAUUUUUUCAGUUACCAUGACAACAAACGUGUUUUCUCUCAGUAAUGUUGGACUUUUCAGAUUUAUUUGCCACGAAAUUCUUAUAGAAGGUCUCUUACUCUGGAGUGGGUUACGUUAAUUAGACAAUUGUUUUUUUGUGUGUGUUUUCGCGCACCAAUCUCAUUCUUCCCAGGUUUACUUAUUGCCUAAUUUCAAACCGAGAGUGGUUGUGUACGAGUCCGUUUAUAACGCGAUAAACAACACAAAAUCCACAUAGUCAGAAAGAGCACAUUGAGGUUAGCAACAUUUCAAAAUUUAGUAAAAAAUAUAUAGGCAUCCAGCAAUCCAUAUAUCUCUUAUAAAUUUUUAAGUUUAUCUUGUUCAAUAUUCCCACGACUGAACCAAACGUUAUCUGAAUAGCAUUUACAGCCUAAAUGUGUUUUAGCCUGAGCUUUUUUUUUAACAGGGGCAAGUGCCUGCGUUCAGUUGAAACUAUUCAGCGAAGCCAUCACGUGGUGUGAAAAAGGAUUAGAAGUAUCUUUUACUGAAGUUUACAGAGAAAGUCCAUUUAGAGAUCAUUUCUCCACAAACCUUCAUUUUUCUUCUAUUCACUGUUGAAUAAUAUUUCUAGUGCAGACUCACAUGCAUUGAAGACUAAAUACAUCAAUAGGUGCCUUACACAAAGCAGACCUCUAAGCCUUUCAAAUCUAUCCUUCUCACUAAAAAAAGUGAGAUGUAAACGUGCAGUGAAGUGGACCAGUCUUAUUGAAUAUUUGGUCGUUAAUACACAUCACGUAGUUUGCAAUACACUCACGGGUUUAUAUCUCCAAGGAAACUAAGCGAGACUCUAGAUAAUUUAUUUGAAGGUCAGAAACUUGGCAGGUUGUUUUUAAAUUUCUUGACAAUUGAACUUGUAAAAGAUCGACCAGAAUAACCAGAAGCUGAUGGUUUUACUGGAUAGAUCUGUGAGAGAACAAAAGAAGCUGAACUUAGAUAAUCACGGAAAACAGGUGAGAGUGAUGGGGAAAGGGCUUGGAGUGCGUUAUUUCAGCGUUUUUGAAUAUACUUCGUCGGAGUUGUUAACUUCGAGGUCUCAUCUUACUGUACAGUAUCGAUAUAGUAGGCUAGAGAAGCAUAUACCCUCCUUUAGCAAAUAAUAUUAAUUGAGGUGCUGAUCCACCUCUGAUCGAUCUGUUUGCGUAGCUUGGCCCCACACGGGUGGGUGUAUACAAAUCCCUGGCUAGCCCACGUUAUGGCCUACCCUAUGGACCACCCUAAAUUUUGUAAUUUUGCUGAAAUAACAAAACAACAAGCCUGAGCAAAGCAAAAGAGAUAAGCAGGGAGGAGAAAAUAGCUCGCGCGUAUAUAAAGGAAAGUACUUAUAGUUGAAAUAUGCAGACAGUAUGUACCGAAACGACUGCUUAGGUCACAGGGAGUGGAGGAGUUAUUUGUGACCUUGCCUGUUGUUAAAUUUUUUAGCUAAUAGCUCUAUUCGCCUGUUUCUACUGUUAAGAAUCGAGUCCUGAGGUUGGAAUCGAUAACAAUGAACAGUCCACUGCAUGUGUUAGAUUAUGAUAAGACCAAUUACAACACCUACAGAAAAUAAACAAUUAUUUGAAUUGUCCUAAAUGAUUUUCAGUUUCUCCAAACUUCUGUCCUAUUUGUUCUUUAAAUGAAAAAUUUCGAAAUUAAAGAUUUUCUCGAUACUAUACUUUUUGGAACGCUUCACCCCUCUUUACCGAAUAAUAUAUUUUCAGAUGAUGAAAAUGUAAUGUAACAUAUGUCAUAAAUAAUGUGCGUUAUUUAUUUCACAGAAAAAUGGCACGAAGGCGACAUACACAGUGAGCGACCUUGGCACUUUUGGUAAAAUUGACAACUUUGAGAACAGGUCAGGAGAAGGAAAGGCUUAUGGCAAUGAUCUUUACAACGCUUCUCACAGUUUGAGAGAUUUUGAAAAAGCCAUAGACAACUAUGAACGUCUCCUAAAAAUUGCGAAGCAGUUGGGUAACAGAACGGAAGAAGAAGCGGUGUACUGCAAUCUGGGCAUCAUCCAUCACAAAAAAGGAGAUUUUAAAACAGCCGUAGACUACCAUGAACGACAUCUAAAAAUUGCGAAAGAAUUGGGUGACACAUCGGGUGAAGGAAAGGCGUAUGGCAAUCUUGGCAAUGUCUAUCACGAUAUGGGAGAUUUUAAAACAGCCGUAGACUACCAUGAACGUAAUCUAAAAAUUACAAAAGAAUUGUGCGACAGAUCGGGAGAAGGAAAGGCCUAUGGAAAUCUCGGAAACGCGUAUCACAAGCUGGGAAGUUUUAAAACAGCUAUGGACUACCAUGAACGUCGUCUAGAAGUUGCGGAAGAAUUGGAUGACACUUCAGGAAGAGGAGUAGCGUAUUGCAAUCUUGGCAACGCCCAUCACAGUAUGGGGGAUUUUGAAAGAGCUAUAGACUACCAUAAACAAAGUCUAAAAAUUGCUGAAAACUUGGGAGACAGAUCGGGUGAAGCAAAAGCGUAUAGCAAUCUUGGAUGCGCCUUUGACAGUUUGGGAGAUUUUAGAAAAGCCAUAGACUAUCAUGAACGUGAUCUUAAAAUUGCAAAAGAACUGGGGGACAGAUUGGGAGAAGGAGAGGCGUAUAACAAUCUUGGCAUCGCCUAUCGCAAUCUAGGAGAUUUUGAAAAAUCCAUUGACUUCUUUAAACUUUAUCUCAAACUUUCCACACAAUUGGGUGACAGAUCGGGAGAAGGAAGGGCGUAUUGCAACUUGGCCGUUGCUCAUAACAGUAUGGAAAAUUUUAAAAUAGCCAUACACUGCUAUAAACGUCAUUCAGAAAUCGCGAAAGAAUUGGGUGUCAGGUGGAGAGAGGGAGCGGCGUAUCGCAAUCUUGGUGACGCCUAUCACAGACUAGGAGAAUUCAAAACAGCCAUAGACUACUAUGAACGAUGUCUGGAAAUUGCGAAAGAACUGGGUGACAGGUCGAAUGAAGGAGCGGCGUAUGGUGAUCUUGGCAACGUCCAUUACAGACUGGGAGAUUUUAAAACAGCCUUAGACUACCAUGAACGGCAUCUCAAAAUUGCGAGAGAACUGGGUGACAGAUCGAGAGAAGGAGUGGCGUAUGGCGCUCUUGGCAACGUUCUUGUUAGUCUGGGAGAUUUCAAAACAGCCAAAGACUACCAUGAACAACAACUAAAAAUUGCGAAAGAAUUGGGUGACACGUCGGGAGAAGGAGUGGCGUAUGGCGCUCUUGGCAACGCUGUUGUCAGUCUGGGAGAUUUUAAAACAGCCAAAGACUACUAUGAACAACAACUAAAAAUUGCGAAAGAAUUGAGUGACACAUUGGAGGAAGGAGUGGCGUAUGGAAAUCUUGGCAACACCCAUUACCAUAUGGGAGAUUUUAAAACAGCCAUAGACUACUAUAAACGACAACUAAAAAUUGCCAAAGAAUUGGGUGACACAUCGGGAGAAGGGAAGGCGUAUGGCAAUCUUGGCAACGUUUAUCGCAGUCUGGGAGAAUUUAAAGCAGCCAUAGACUGCUAUGAAGGUGAUCUUAAAAUUGCGAAAGAACUGGGUGACAAAUCGGAAGAAGGAAAUGCGUAUGGAAGUCUUGGAAACGUCUAUUACAACCUGGAAGAUUUUAAAACAGCCUUAGACUACCAUGAACGUGCUCUAAAAAUUGCGGAAGAAUUGGAUGAAACGUCGGGAAAAGGAGCGGCAUAUUGCAAUCUUGGUAACGUCCAUUACAGACUGGGAGACUUGAAAACAGCCCUAGACUACCAUAAACGUCAUUUGAAAAUUGCGAAAGAACUGGGUGACAGAUCGGAAGAAGGAAACGCGCAUGGAAAUCUUGGAUGCACCUUUGAAAGUCUGGGAGAUUUUGAAACAGCCAUAAAUCAUUAUGAACGUCACCUAGACAUUGCGAAAGAAUUGAGUGACACAUUAGGAGAGGCGAAAGCGUGUUGGAAUUCUGGUACAUUUUAUGAAUAUCUAGGUCAAGUUCCAAUGGCUAAGGGAUACUAUCAGAGCAGUAUUACUUUGUUAAAUAAUAUCAGAGAUCGUCUUCAAUUUGACGACAAGUUGAAAAUAGGCUUUCGUGAUCGAUAUCAGGGAAUAUACGCUGCACUUUGGCGCUUGAUGUUAAGAGAAGGCAAGUUUACUGAGGCUUUGAUUUCUGCGGAGAAGGUUCGGGCACAGGGUCUAAGAGAUCUUAUGGUCUUUAAUUAUGGAUUUGAAGUGAAUGAUAUUGAAUCCAGUGAAGAUCAGAGAUCCUUUCCUCCGAAUACCAUAUUUAUGGCAAUUGUAGAAAACGAAUUAGUCUUUUGGGUUUGUCAGAACUGGAAGGAGGUUAAAUUAAGAAGAAAGGAAGUCAGUUCCCAGUAUGACACUAGCACUUAUUUACAGUCUCUUGUCGAUGAUAUGGUGAAAGUGCCUUGA